AGCAAAUCUUUCAAGGGUUUUCGUUUCACUGUUCGCAAUUUCUCUCUGGCCAGCGAAAAAACCCAAACCCAAUUGCAGAAAAUUCAAUUGGAAUUAAGAAGACUCUCUUUGUGUAAUUCCUUGCUAAGCUAUAUAAUUCUCUUAACGGGGUUUCAAGCCAUGUCUGCUCAAGUGGCACCUGCUAAGAGACCAUAUGACCAAAGCUUUGCAGAAGGAGGCGGUAGAAGGAAAUGGCAGAAAUCAUCCGGUGUGGGAUCUGAUAAUGCAUCAUUUGUAGGAUCCUCUUCCGGCGGCAAGAUGAUACGGUUGCUUUUCCCUGCUUCCAGAGUUGGUGGAAUUAUUGGAAAAGGUGGCAGCACCAUAUCUCAAAUACGCCAAGAGACUGGGGCAAAAGUCCGUGUUGAAGAAAGUGUUCUUGGAUGUGACGAGAGGGUAAUUAUUAUAGUUGGUUCAGAUCGAGAUAAUCAAAAUGUCACCAAACAAAUGAAGUCUGAAGGUGAGGAGACUAAGAACCCUGAGUUGAGUGCAAACGCAGAAGAAGAUGAAAAGCAGGCUGUUCCAGUUGAUGAUUCUCGACCAGAGAAGGAAAAAGAACCUUCGUCAGUUCAGAAAGCUUUGCUAGUUGUCUUUGAUAAAAUGGUCGCUAUUUUGUCCGACACAAAAGAAGUAGAUGAAGAAGGUAAUAAGCCAUCUUCAUUUGUUGUUAGGCUACUCGUCUUCUCUGGUCAAGUGGGCUCUCUGUUGGGGAAAGGUGGCAGUGUUAUCAAACAAAUGUCAUCUGAAAGUGGGGCGCAGAUUCGAAUUCUUCCAAAGGACAAGCUGCCUUCUUGUUCAUCUUCUUCUGAUGAAUUGGUUCAGAUCACUGGCAAACAGGAUGCCAUUAAGAAAGCUCUUCUGUCAGUUUCUCAGAAUCUAAUUGAAAGUUUUAUUCGCAAUCAAGAUUCCUUCCCUAUCAACAUGGGUGGUCAAUCAUCUCAGUCCUUUGGUCCUCCUUCGAGACAGGACAGAUUUCCACCACCACCGCCGCCACACCGUCCUUUCCAUGGGCAUGGAGAGCCUUAUUCUUCUGUGUUUCAUGAUGGAGAGCCCAUUAUGCCUGGUAGAGGGAAUUUCCCACCUGAGGUUCUAAACUUCCGCUUAUUGUGUAACGAGGAGAAGGUAGGUGGUGUAAUUGGAAAGGGCGGUUCAAUAGUCAAGGCACUUCAACAUGAAACGGGGUGUGAUAUCAAGGUCCUAGAUGGUGCAGGGGAUUCAGAGGAUCGCAUAAUUAUCAUAUCUGGCCCUGCUUACCCAGAUGAUGGAGUAUCUGCCCCACAAGAUGCAGUACUUAGAGUGCAAGCUAGGAUAUUUAGGGCUGCACCAGAAAACAAGGACAACACCAUGGCAGCGAAACUGCUUGUCUCCUCGAAUCAAAUUGGAUGCCUCCUUGGUAAGGGUGGUUCGGUCAUAGCUGAAAUGAGGAAGUCAACUGGAGCUUAUAUCCGUAUUCUGGGUAAAGAACAGGUCCCGAAGAACGCUUCAGAAAAUGAGGAAGUAGUUCUGGCAAGUGGAGAGUUUGAAGUAGUCCAAGAGGCUCUCAUGCAGAUUACAUCAAGGUUGAAAAAUCAUUUAUUCCGUGAUGUAUUUCCACCUUAUGGUCACCCUCCCAAUCCAGCAUUUAUGGAGCAAAUGCCACCAUUUCCUCCAUACAUGCCAAGGAGGGAAUUUUCACCGCCUGGACCAUACUCUAAUCGAGGUCCAUCUUUUAACAACUUUGAUGGUCCUGGUGGUAUGCCGCCAGGUGGCGGUUUCCAUCCACGUGAUGAUCACCCUCCUUUUGGACAUGACUUUCCCGGACCAGGAAUUCCUCCUCAUAUGUCUGAAAGAAUGCCACCUGCAGCACCAUGGGGGCCUCAGGGACCAAUGGAUGGGCCGGGCCCUAUGGGAUUCCCGGACUAUCCAGGCGCUCCUCAGAGAAGACACGGCGGAUUUCCAGGAGGAAAUCAGUCUGCUGUUAUUACAAGCACAACUGUGGAAGUUGUUGUUCCUCGCUUUGUUGUUCCUGCAAUCUAUGGUGAGGAUGGUGGGUGUAUUAGACAAAUUCGUGAGAUAUCGGACGCCAAAAUUACGAUAACUGAUCCGAAACAAGGGGCAUUGGAAACCGUGAUAAUAAUAUCGGGGACGCCUGAGCAAACAAAUGCUGCACAAAGUCUCAUUCAAGCAUUUGUAAUUAGCGAGACUGAAGCAACUUAAUUGUCGACAUAAUUAAUGGUACUCCUUUUUCUUUCACAGACUCGGUUUUUCGACUCAAAAGCUUCGACUAUAAUUUAUAAGUCGUAACUAAUUUUGGAGGGGAUGUAUAAUUCAAUUUGUCUUGUGGGGCUCUGUGAGGAAUAUCAUGAUACUACGACUCAUUUAGCUUGCUGGGAAAAUGUCAUCUUUGUUGUUUAUUUGUUACAUGCACAGGAUACUGGGCUAUUUGGAACUACAGAAAGGAUUUUUUAAAAUAGAGAAUGUAAAUUUCCUAAGUAUGCAUGUUCGUCUGUGUCUGUAUUUCACUAAUAUAUAGAUGAUUUGUCUGUUGACUUAAGGGUUUAUGUUUAGAUCCACUUUCUU